UUGCGAGUUAAGUUUUUCAUUGUCGUCCGGUUCGCGCACAUCGCUUCUGUCUCGGCCGCAAGAACGCAGAAUAACACAGAGACCCUCUGGGACUUGGGACUAUCGACUAUACCGACACUACAACUAACCACCAUCAUCCACGACACGACGCAGUGCUCUCGAGUUACAGUGCAGCGCGCCGCGAGUGAACCACAGUGAACCCCCACUAGUCUUCAGCCCAGCAUACAAACAGUAAAAUGCAGCUUAUAUAGGGAAACUAUAGCCAGAGUAGAUCCAAAGUAGCAGUCAAGAGCAAAAGCCAAGUGUAAAAAUCCAAGCGCAGGAGAUGGCUACCAACACGGAACUGCUGCCCUUCCAUCAUCAGACGAUCGCGGUGUUGAACAACUUGAAUAGCCACUGUGGCGGCUCAGGGAGCAAUGGAGCGGCCACCAGUGGCGGAGCGCCAGGAGCGGCGAUUGGCGGUGGAGCAGGAGGCGGCGGCGGCGGAGGAGGAGGAGCGCCCAGCUGGGCCACCAUGGAUGAACUCUACCAACAGACUGAGCUGCCCGGAUUGACGCGAACCGGGGCCACCACCACCCACCACCACCUGCUGCGCUUCACGCCCUACGCCCUGCACCACCGACCGCCGCACCACCAACUGCAGACCCUGCCCCCCGCGCUGUACUUGCAGCAUGCCGCAGCAGCGGCGGCGGCAGCAGCAGCAGCAGCCGCCCACGCACAGCACCACCAUCAUCAUCAUCACCACCUACCGCACAGGCCCGCCUCGCCGGAGAGUCCGCCGCCGGUGGAGGGCACCCACAUCAGCAAUCUGUUCCCCGAGCUCCUCGAGCAGAUCUUCGAGCACCUGCCGGUGAGGGAUUUGGGCCGGGCGGCCCAGGUCUGCACCGCUUGGCGGGAUGCGGCCUAUGCGAAGAGCGUGUGGAAGGGCGUCGAGGCCAAGUUGCACCUGAAGCGCUCCAGCCCGAGUCUCUUCAAUUGCCUGGUAAAGCGGGGCAUCAAGAAGGUGCAGAUCCUCUCGCUGCGCCGCUCACUCAAGGAUCUCGUCCUGGGCGUGCCGGCUCUGACCUCCCUGAACCUCAGCGGCUGCUUCAAUGUGGCGGAUAUGAAUCUGGGCCAUGCCUUCAGCGUGGACCUGCCCAAUCUCAAGACCCUUGACCUCUCGCUGUGCAAACAGAUCACGGACACGAGUCUGGGCCGGAUUGCCCAGCAUCUGAGGAAUCUGGAGACCCUGGAACUGGGCGGCUGUUGCAACAUCACGAACACAGGACUGCUGCUGAUUGCGUGGGGCCUGAAGAAGCUGAAGCAUCUGAAUCUGCGAUCCUGCUGGCACAUCAGCGAUCAGGGCAUAGGUCACCUGGCCGGCUUCUCGAGGGAAACGGCCGAAGGCAACCUGCAGUUGGAGUAUCUGGGGCUGCAGGAUUGCCAGCGGCUGAGCGACGAGGCUUUGGGUCACAUUGCCCAGGGUCUGACCUCACUGAAGUCGAUCAACCUGAGCUUCUGCGUCUCGGUCACGGACAGCGGACUGAAGCACCUGGCCCGCAUGCCCAAGCUGGAGCAACUGAAUCUGCGCUCCUGCGACAACAUCUCGGACAUUGGAAUGGCCUACCUCACCGAGGGCGGCAGCGGGAUCAAUUCGCUGGACGUGAGCUUCUGCGACAAGAUCAGCGAUCAGGCCCUGACGCACAUAGCCCAGGGUCUCUACAGGCUGAGAUCCCUGUCCCUCAACCAGUGCCAGAUCACCGAUCACGGGAUGCUGAAGAUCGCCAAGGCGCUGCACGAGCUGGAGAACCUCAAUAUCGGUCAGUGCAGCCGGAUCACGGACAAGGGCCUGCAAACACUGGCCGAGGAUCUGACCAAUCUCAAGACCAUCGAUCUCUACGGCUGCACGCAACUCAGCUCCAAGGGCAUCGACAUCAUCAUGAAGCUGCCCAAGCUGCAGAAGCUCAACCUGGGCCUCUGGCUGGUCAGGUGAUGCGUCCACCACGAUUGCAACGCCUGUGCGGCGGAGGAGGCCGCUCGCGGCUCUUUUAAUUCCCAACCAUAGAUUCCGUGUGGGAAAGAGAGGGCAGUAGAUCGGUUGAUCGGUAGAUCGGCAGGCGGGGCAGGAGCAGCGGGGAAAGAAGCAGACAAGAUACACUGAGAACUCAUAGCUUUCGUUUGCCAUACCACACGCUGUACUACAUUUUUUUCGUACGAAUCGAGAAACGAGCAGAGAGGCACAGAAAAACACGGCAACAACAAAAAGCAAACAAUGAGGCACACACUCAAGCACACACACACUAACACACACGCAAGCGGGCAAGGCGAGCGGGCGGAGUUGGGGCAAGAGGGUCAGAGACAGACGGCUUCGGGGGGAGAGUGCUGCAAGCUCAGCUUGUUUUUAGCUAGCAAAAGUUUAGAAUCAGAAAUAACAUAGCAAGGCAUUUUUAGUAAUGACAGCUCAUAUAGACCUUUUAACACGACCCGAGUUUUUGAUUCCAUAUUUUGUUUCACAUAGAUGCUGUAAACACCAUGGUAAGGUGUUGAACCAUCAUUUUUAAAACCCGUUCAAUCAUAUUUUGACCAUUUUCUAUUAAAACUCAGCUGAAAACUCAGCUUGUGUUAAAAGAAUCUAAGCAGAUAAUUCAGUUUUCCUUAAAAAGACUGUUCUUAAAUUUCAAAUUUUUCAAUUGAGCGACUUCCCGCUAGAUCUAGCUAGUUUCCGGCCAGGGACCAGGCAGCACUCUUCAUGGAGCUCGCUCUGCUGCGUUGUGUUUUGUUGUGCUGUGCUCCUAGGGGGCCAGAGCGAGAGGGGAGAUGCCGCUGGCGUCGGCUUACACGCACGCAGCGAUAAAAAAAAAACAAAAAAGAGAGAAAAAGAAACAGCGGACAACAACAACUGCAGCUAUGGCCGACAGCAACAAAGUGCAUGGCGAUGGAGACGCGCGAUAAGCAGCAGGAGAGAGGGGUAGUGGCGGGGGGAGAGCCAGGAGAGUGGGCAGCACACAUACAGACCCGGGCACGCAUGUGUGUGUGUGCAAUGCAGGCCGCAGUUAAGCAGAUGCAAAUAAAUUUAAAUAGUUUAUUUUAAUUCACGCUUCGGCUACAAAAGCCAGCGUCCUCCAUUGCCACAGCAACAACAACUACAACAGCAGCGAGAAUAACUACGAUAAAAACAACAAAGCA